AUGAGUCGCGAGGUGCAGAAGGAGAACGCCACCCCGGCCACCGGGAGUACCGAGGGCCACCAGUACGUCGGCCCGUACCGGCUCGAGCGGACGCUCGGGAAGGGCCAGACGGGUCUGGUGAAGCUCGGUGUACACUGCGUCCUGGGGAAGAAGGUGGCCAUCAAGAUCAUCAACCGGGAGAAGCUGAGCGAGUCGGUGCUGAUGAAAGUCGAACGAGAGAUUGCCAUCAUGAAGCUCAUCGACCAUCCGCACGUCCUUGGACUGACGGAUGUGUACGAGAACAGGAAAUACUUAUAUUUGGUGCUGGAGCACGUCUCCGGUGGCGAACUGUUCGACUAUCUCGUCAAGAAGGGCCGCCUGACGCCGAAGGAGGCGAGAAAGUUUUUCCGACAGAUCAUCUCGGCGCUGGACUUUUGCCAUUCGCACUCAAUAUGCCAUCGGGAUCUGAAGCCGGAGAAUCUGUUGCUGGACGACAAGAAUAACAUUAAGAUAGCCGAUUUCGGAAUGGCCUCGCUGCAGCCCGCCGGCUCGAUGCUGGAAACGUCCUGUGGCUCCCCGCACUACGCCUGCCCGGAAGUGAUUCGGGGUGAAAAAUAUGACGGCCGGAGGGCGGACGUGUGGUCCUGCGGGGUUAUCCUGUACGCGCUGCUCGUCGGGGCGCUCCCGUUCGACGACGACAACCUGCGGCAGCUGCUGGAGAAGGUCAAGCGGGGCGUGUUUCACAUUCCACACUUUGUGCCACCGGACUGCCAGAGUUUGCUGAAGGGCAUGAUCGAGGUGAACCCGGAGAAGCGGCUGACGCUGGCGGAAAUCAACAAACAUCCCUGGGUGACGGCCGGAGGCAAGGGUGAGCUGGAGCUGGAGCUGCCCAUGAUGGAGGUGGUCCAGACGCACGUCAUCCCGAACGCGUCUGCGGUCGAUACGGACGUGCUCAACGCCAUCUGCUCGCUCGGUUGUUUCAAGGAGAAGGACAAGCUAGUACAGGAACUGCUCAGUCCACACCAUAACACGGAGAAGGUGAUUUACUUCCUGCUGCUGGACCGAAAACGGAGGCGGCCAGCGAUCGAGGACGAGGAGGACGUACUGCGGCCACGCAACGACAUCAUCGAAAUCGCUGAUCCACCUCGGAAACGGCUCGAUACGUGCCGAAUCAACGGUAGCAGCAGUCUUUCGUACGGUCAGAUCAGCGAGGGCUCGCCACUGACGUCUCGACGACAAACGUUCAACAAUGGCCACCGCAGUCACAGUGGCAGCACCAGCAGCAGCAGUCGUCGCUCGCCAUCCUCGGUGCCACUUUCGCGCAGUUCAUAUCAGAGCCCAACGCGGGGUGUCGUGGUCAACUCCUCGCAGCCACUAAAUCAACUCCAUCCACCAUCGUCACCGAACGCGGCCUCAAACCGACACUCGAACUACUCGCCACGCAGCAGCACCAAGUCGCAGGUGAUCGAUUCCUCCUCGCCGGUACACCACCGGGCCAACUCGGGACCGGCCGUCACGGUCGGUCUGUUCUCGGAAACCGACUCCAACAAUAUGACAUCAUCAAUCAAUGCCAUCCCGGGCUCGCCGAUACUGGGCAGCCCCCAGCAGCUACAGGCGGUCACGACCGGCAGCCAGCUGUGGAAGACACGACUGACGAACAUUAAGAAUAGUUUCCUAGGAAGUCCAAAGUUUCAUCGUAGAAAAAUGCAAAUAUCAACUGAAGAAGUGCAUCUUACUCCGGAGUCGUCGCCGGAGCUGACGAAAAAGUCCUGGUUCGGCAACCUAAUGACGACCGAGAAGGACGAAACGUUCACAGUAUUAGUCAAGGGUAAGCCGCUGGCGACGGUCAAGGCUCACCUGAUUCAUGCCUUUCUAUCGAUGACUGAGCUAUCGCAUAGCGUCCUCUCGCCAAUGUCUUUCCGCGUCGAGUACAAACGAGGCGGCACGGGGCCGACCAUGUUCCAGCGGCACGUUCGGAUACAGGUCGACAUCAACACGAUCUGCAAGCAGGGGGACGUCGGCGAUAUGCUGUUCGCGAUCACGUUCACGCUCAUCUCGGGCAACAUCCGGCGUUUUCGGCGCAUCUGUGAACACAUCCAGGCGCAGGUCUGCUCGAAGCGCUACCCCGCCCUCAGUAGCCCGACGAACCAGCACAACAACAAGGUGACGAACAGCGUGGCCGAGAGUAUAUCCUGCGGGUCGGACUCGAGCGAUCGGAUCAACUACAACAAGCACAAGGAGUCUGAUAUCGAGCAAGAAACGUUCUACGACACGACCAGCAUCGGCAAGACGCGCCGCUCGUCGGCCACCUCGUCCAACAAGAACUCGGUGUCGUCGGACGAGAUCGAAAUUAAAACCGUACGCUCCAGCUCGGAAUCCACGGAACGUGAGCGGGAGCGCAGCACGGAACGACCGGCGGCCAUGUCCGGUAGUGCGCUGGUAUGAGAAUUAUUUCUCUGAUAGGAUUCAGUGAACAGUGGCACUCCUGCAGAGACAGUGGCAACCGGACCGAAUCCUACUCACGCUGGUGAAUCCAUCGUCGCGCCGGACGUCCCUGGUGACGCAAACGUCGCAGCAGCGACCGCCGAAGAUGUCGACGUUUCGGGCGAACUGAUGGAGUUGAUUGCUAACCAAAUGGAGAUCUGACUAUAAGCCCCGCCAU